UCCAGGGGCUUGCCUCAGUGCGACUGGACUAGAAACAAAAAUAUGUCGCUUGUCCUUUGUGGCGGUUAUUCUAGCGAUUAAUCGUUUUAGAAAAUCCAUUCUAUAUGGUUUCCGGCGCUUUCUUAGCGAAGAUGAGGCAGAAAACGCUCGGUUCUGUCGUGGGGUUGCUUUGCACAGGGACCUGUUUGGCGCAGGGCAAGGAGUUCUGUUUCGGCGUGAACAAUGAGAAGUACAGAUGUGAGAUGGGCUACUGUUGCGGCGAGACAGAGUGCUGCACGUACUACUACGAACUGUGGUGGUUCUGGCUGGUCUGGACUCUUAUCAUCAUGCUGAGCUGCUGCUGUGCAUACAGACACCGGCGUGUUAAGAUGCGCCUGCAACAGGAACAGAGGCAGAGAGAGAUCAGCCUCAUGGCCUAUCAGGGGGCCUCCAGCUCCUUCAUCUCUCCACCACCUCUUAACCUGCGCUUCUGGACAGACUGCAAGCUCCCUGACUAUGAAGAAGUUGUAGGCCACCCUCCCACCCCUCCUCCACCUUACUCUGAGAAUCCCCCAGAAAGCUCAACCUGCACCCAACCACCUCUCAGAGGUUCAGAGUCAGCCGUGGUAUUUGAGCCGGCACAGGCGGAGAACGGCGCUUGCGAGGCUCAAGAGCCAAAUCUCACAGAAGCCGCAGCCCGAUCAGAAUGCUCAGAGCACGAAGAGCCGGACGUCCCCCCAGAGGAGGAGCUGAACACCAGACGGAGACACGUGACUGGUGACUCGGGCAUCGAGAUGUGCGUGUGCCAGCUGGAUACAGACGAAUGCUCUGGGAUGGAGGAGGACGAGGGCAGGAUGUGUAAUGUGCCCGAUGGGAGCUGCUGCUCAGAGAGACAGGCUCUCAGACCCAAGGAGAUCUCACACUCACCAACAUCCAAUGGAGAUCAUGUAGUCUGAGCCACAUGACUUGUACCGUUGCCUGUAGUUGAAAGGCUUACGGCUUGUUCAUGAUAGCAUACUUUUUCUUUUUUUCUUUUUUUUUUGGAGCCAUAAGGCGGCCUUGAAGUGCACAAGGCAGGGUGUUGGCAUGUUCUGCCAUUCAAAUAACAACUGAAUAAUACUUUGCUCUUGUUACCAUUAACAACAUAAUUAGUUUGUUCCUAGAGGGGAUUUUUGUAUUUAGUGGCGCUCUUGUUUUAGCCAGAAGAAGGAAAGAUCCGUGCUUUGAAGCUGCUUCACAUUUCAUUUAACCAAAUAUCUCACUCGUCUUUGUGGCCUGGAAUGGACCCCUUCUUCCCCAAUGUCCUCAAUGUGACAUUUCAGAUCAGCUAUGGCGUCAUGGCCUGCCGGUCACUGCCUUUCCUUGCACUUAGACUGAAAGACAGAGCUCAAAACAACGGACCAGGACAAGUCUGACUGCCUGCUUUGUUUUGUUUUCCACAAGGCUCUGCUAAAGAGAGUGCAGCUGUGGGUCUGACAUCAGCUGAGCCUCAUCCCUCAGGAACAGGGCGACACAGCCACACACAACUGUAAGAUUGCACCUUCUUCAGGAAAGCCACAGAAAGACACCCUCACACCCUGUGCUUUUUUUUUUUUUUGCGUACAUUACCCAGCUUGCUUACGGUCAUGCACGACCUGCGAGAUGGCACGCUGUCAAGCUGUACGCAUUUUGAGGUUUGUCUUUAUUAGCGUUCUAAUUCAGGUUUAGGACGAUACAACACAAUACUGAUUUGAUACUAACCCCACACCAGCGAAUCAGCAAUGUAAUAAUAUACAACCUCCCUUUUUUUAAACAAGAGCGAAAGUAAACGAUUUAAAGCGCCUGAUAUUGCUGUUCUCAGAGGUGCUGGCAGGUGCUAGAGUUCCACUGAAGAUUUUGCCUUUUGUGGAUUUGAGAGCGCAAUAGCUAGGUCUCUGAAGUUAGGCUGCUUUCACACUGGUUCUUUAGCUACUCUGUAACGUCAGCAGCAGACAGCGAAAAGAAUUGAUGCUACUGUAUGCAGUUGCAUAGCAAAAACACGAAAAUCCCAAACAUACCAAUUUUUUCCUUUUUUUUUUUUUUAUUAUUAUUUUUUUUUUUAAAUACAUUUCACCAGCAUUUUGUCCUCCAUUUUUAAGUCUGUUUGGUCAGUUCAUAAAAAAUAAUAAUAAUAGGGUUUUUUUCCCCCUCAAAAUUUUUUUUUUUGCUUUUGCAACUCUGCUUUAGUAAAAUAGUGUCUCGUGAUAAACGAUAAAAGCAGCCUUAGAGAAGUCAAAUUACAAUUCGUUUACAAAAAUCGUGACUAAAGCCAGCGUAUCAGACGGAGAAAACUUCCACUUACGCUCCUAUUUGUUCAGGAGUGACACUGCCAGCUUCACCUUUGAACCAUAUUCCAGUAAAGUCAGCAUUAAUUAAAAAAUAAACAAACAAACAAUUCACACCAAAAUAAAUCUAAUUCAUUGCAUAAUACAUACAAAUGAGGGUUUAAAAGCUUCUGAUCGCAAAGAUUCGUUUUUUUGUUUGUGUUUGUUUUUUCUCAUACGAAGCGAGGUGUUUUGGAACGAUAACUUUGAAUACGUCAGCGUGAACUUUUUAACCCGAGUCUGGAUUUUUGUAAGCGCCUCUUGAGAAGGGAAACUCGCAUUUUAUACCACUUUUGUAAAGUCAGCAUAUUUUUCAACCCUUUUCUAUCCGAUCUGUGCGAUUAACGCCGGGAUGCGUGCACCUCUGGUAGUGGUCACUUCCAAAUUCGCUAACCUUGUCAACCUUCGACCUACUGAAUUCACAAGCCUCGGUCUUGAGAGCCGAUAGAAAAAAAAAAAAAAAAAGGCAGGGCUUGGAUGAGCUACUUAUGAUGUAGGAUCACACCGGAAUUUUGUCAGGAUUUUUUUUUUCUGCUUGGGGCACAUCUGGAAAAAGAAUUAGCCGUUUCAUCGACUGCAAAAAAAAAAAACGCUCUGAUUUCCUUGUCGGCUCGAAAAACUUCCAUGGCAGUCAAAGAUACGUUACAGAUGUGUACUCUGUAGGUACACGAGAGGUUGUCAGCAGAAAAGCGAAGUCAAUGCUGCUAGUUUCACCCUUUUUUUAAGCGGCUUCAGACAGAGUUUUAUGCACAGAUGAACCGACGUGUUCUUCUUGUUUCGAAUUGUGCCGCACGACUGCACCGGGUCCGACUGCGCUCUUUCAGCUGACUUUUUUUCUGUAUGCACUGGGCCCCAUGAAUCUUUUUUUUUUUGUUUGUUUUUUUUUGUCAUCCAAACCAAACUACAACCAAUCAACGGCAGUUGUAAAUGAGCAAUUUGACACGCCCACAAAACAUAUACGGCAAAAUGCCUACUGUGAGCUGAAAACUGAAGAGCUCCACGUUAUCGCAGCAUACGCCAAAUAUCCCAGUAAUGCAGCUCAGCCACUGAGGCGAGUCGGCUGUUAUAUAGACUUCGGAGCUCUAACACGAUAUGAAUUUCUAAUUUACCACUGAAUUAGUUCUUGGAUUAAUGGGGCCCGUCAAAUUAGUGUGAACCACUUGAUAUUUUGCGUUCACAUUGGAAUUUCUCAGGAGGGGGUGCGCACGCUUUUAAUAGACACUCCAACAUCGUCGAUCCUGUGGAAUACGCGAAACGCGCGUUGGAUAAAGCGAUUAGUUCGGACGCCGUGUUUUUCGUCGAAUCUCAUCGUUUUUCUAACGUGAAAAACUCGUGCACCACCAAGCUGUAAUGCUAAAUGGAAAUGUUUUGAGCUUGUAGAUAAACCCAUGGUGCUAUCACAUGGUGGUAAUGUACAAUGUACAAAUGUUGUUAUAGAGCUUCAUUCAUACCUAGAAUUUAAUCUGUUUUUCUUUUUUUUUUUUUUUUAUGUAAAACUUUUAUAUUUACUUUUUCUUCUUAGCGCGAGACUUCGCUCUAGAAUAAUUCUUGGAAAAUUCACCUUUAUUAUCAGAUCCUCUAAGGUUCAGAAGAUUUUGGUUACAGUACUGAUGAUGUCAAGCAGGAAGUUGUUGUUUGUACUUUAGGUAGUGUAGAUAUUUUCCAUUUUUCCAGGAAUACGCAUGCGAUUUCUGCCAAGAAGAAAAUAACUUAUUAUUGGCAGCAGCAGAAUGUAAAAGUGUAGCAUUAUUAUCUCAAUGAAUUUGAUAUAUAAGCUCAGAGGAGUUAUUUCAAAAAUUGGGGCUUAAUUUCAAGUUUUUUACGUCAUAUGUAAUACUUCUCUGUAACACAGUGGCCUUUUAAAUCCCUACUUUAUAAUUUUGUUUAAAAGGAUAAAAUAAUUAACCUGCUUUGUAGGUAAAAAGGUCAAUGGAUCGAUAUUUAGUCUAUAUAGCUGUUCAAAUGUUUUCUCAUUCAUUGAUCUUCCUGGUAAAAUAUAGAUGUUUUCUACAUACUAUUCAGAAAACAUGCUCUCUUCAGUUAGUUACAUCACGUGUUUUUCCUGUGAAUAGACAGCAGUUUUCUGACAAAGCAGUUGACCUGAAAUGACCAGAAAUGAAUUUUUUGUUCAUGUAAUAAUCAUUUGUCAGGUUGAUUCGCAGUCUGAUUUUUUUUUUUUUCUUCAGCAUUUUAAGAUGUCAGAAUUUGGAUAAAAUCAGAAUUUUCAUAUGUCAGAAACAUAUAUAUGUCAGUGUUUUUAGUUUUGACAAAACAUAACUUUGAGAAGUUUUUUUUUCCUAAAAGCACUGGACAUAUAAAUCUGAAUUUCUAGAAGGUGCAUGUUUGAGAUAAGGCAAAGCAUUGGGCUUUGGAUCAGAAGGCCGUGAGUUCAAAUCCCAACCGCACCAAGCUGCCACUCCUGGACCCCUGAGCAAGGCCCUUAACCCCAAAGCUGCUCAGUUGUAUGAAUUAGAUGAAUGCAAGUUGCUUCGGAUAAGGGUGUGUGCCAAAAACCGUAAAUGUCAAAAUUUGAGAA